ACAAACUUGUCCAAAAUAAGCCUAAGUAAUAGGGAAAGUUUAAAUAUUUCUCUCUUCUAAUUCUUCCUACAGAUUCAUUGGACAAGCACAAGGAUAAAUAGAGGACACAGAUAAGCCUUUGGACUCGAAUAACUCAAAAAACAUGACAGGGGCAGGUGUUAAGAACGAUACCAAUUUGUUGAACAACGCUGGUGAGGCGGAUACGGCGGUGGAAAAUGUCGGAGGAAGUGGUGACGGUGGUGAAAGUGGAGAGACAAUUCUUCGCGAGACAGGUGAUGAUAGGCGUACAGAGGAUGUGGAAGAAGGAGAAGAAGAAGAAGAAGAAGGCAAAGAAGAAGAAGAAAAGUUCUACACAGUGGAAGCUAUCCGUAGUAAGCGAGUUCACAAAGGUAAGGUGCAGUAUCUGAUCAAAUGGUGUGGGUGGGCGGAAAGACAUAACACCUGGGAGCCUAUAGAGAAUCUGGAGUCUAUUUCUGCUUCUGUAGAUGCAUUUGAAAAACGUUCGAGGAAGCGGAAGGGCAAGCAUGUAGGUUCUAAUUCUCAGUUGAAGAACAAGAACAAGAAGAAGGAGCAAGGUUUGAUUGGAAAGGAGAAAGAACAUGAUCCGACACUCAACGAGUUAAGAGGAGCAGUCGUUAACAGUAACGGUGCGGGGAGUUCUCAGGAGGGAGGAGAAGGCAUUGGUUCUGAGGGUGGCAAUGCAAGACCAAACGGCCUUCUCAGGGUUACGCGUAAGAAUAAGGAGGGUUGUGUCGGAGGUGCUAAGAGGAGGAAGUCUGCUACGGAAAGAUACAUACCAGAUGAAACCAUCACAACUAACAACCAGAUAACAAUAGCUACCGAUCAGAACGAGACACCAGACUUGGACAUCGUGAGGAUCCUCAAGCCAGUGGAGGUUUCUAAUUCUAUAACAAACAAUGGACAAGAAUCGUUGGUAACUUUCUCGGCGCUGAGGUCUGAUGGGGAGGAAGUAACGGUUGACAACAAGUUUCUCAGGGCUCAUCAUCAUCAUCUGCUACUUGAUUUCUAUGAGCGACAUAUCACUUACAGGCAGGAAAACUAAGGAAAAUGUGAGUGCUUGUAGGUAGAACAAGAUUAGAUGUGCAGAGUGGAUUUAGUGGCAAGUUGUUAAUCCGUGAGGUUUGAGAUUUGUUUCUCAUCUCCUCGGGUUUGUUUAUGAGUUCACUUUCUGUUAUAGCAAAUCUUGUCUCUUGGACUUUAUACAUUUCUUCUAAUCGAGAACUUUGUUAAACUAGCUUGUUCAAAAAAUUUAAUUUCAUGUCUCGUUGAUGUUGUCAAAGUUGAUUUCCAUCCUCUUGGUAUUU